CAAAUAAAUAUGAGUGCAGUUGAAGUAAUAAGAGUGUAUUACAAGAAAUGGGGAAUGGAGAAGCUGGUGCACAGGGACGUGAAGAAAGGGGUCCGGAGGGACAAGAAGUACGCGAUGCAGCCGCGCAAUUGGUACGCGAUGGGGGUGCACAUGUCCCAGAACCUCGCCGGCAAGACCACCCACAAGACGGAGCGCCUCAUCAAUUACUUCCAAUCGCGUCUCGCCGAGAGCCCUGCCGUGUCUUCCUCGACGCCACUGGCACCACGCACGACGGUGUACCCUACCUCUUCGACACCACCAUGCGCGGCGUCGCCGCCUUUGUUAAGAGAUUCGAGCCCAAAUCCCUCGGCAGCCGCCUCCACCCAACUCGGCAAUCCAGCUGGCUGUCAUCUGAACGUCAAGGGUCCACCACUCUCUCCCGCUGGCUUUCCAAAAUUUUUGCUUCUAAGCAUCGAUGUAAAGUUCUACCCGUAUUUUUAUUAAAUAUUUUUAAUUAAAUUAAAAUUAAUUUUAGAAAAAAAA